AUGACGAAACCGACAGGACUAUUUCAGAAGUGUGCAAAAGUUAACAACAUUUACACAACAUCUGUACCUGUUGUUAGCAACAUUUCAAUUAGAGUAACUGCAGUAACUAUGAAAGCAUCGUAUCGGGAAGGUGGUAGUAAUGACACGGCGAGGGCUAGCCAACGUGUACAGGAGCAACAUGCCAAGACUCGGCACCGCAAAGGGAAGCAGCCACGAGGCUGUGCGGAUCCACCCCGCGGCGCGACGGGGGCGGGCGCCUGUGCGCGUGACGUCACGCCGGCGCCGGCGGGCGUCGGAAACGGACGAAGGUCGGCGGCGGGCGGCCAGUGGGCGCUCGGCGAGCAGCAGGUGCGGUCGCGAGGAGACGGGCUGCUGGCGAGCACGCAGCGCUUCCGGCGCCACCGAGGCGUCCGCCCGCGGCCGGCGUGCCUGCUGGCGCCGCCGCCGCUGCACGCCGUACUUCCCGACCUCGCUAUGAAGAUGAGCAAAGUGGGCAACCAGACAAAUUCGCAAGACCCGCAAGCUGUCAACUCGCGGGUAUUUGUGGGCAACCUCAACACUUUCCAGUGCUCCAAGACAGACGUUGAACGAAUGUUCCAACGAUAUGGCAGAAUCGCAGGCAUCUCAAUGCACAAAGGCUACGCGUUCGUGCAGUUCACGAACCCCUUCGACGCCCGCAGCGCCUGUCUGGGGGAGGACGCGCGCACCGUGCUGGGCCAAGUUCUCGAUGUAAACAUGGUUGCAGAGCCUAAAGCCCAUCAGACUGGUAGGAAAAGGCAAAAUAUGGCAAAAACUGGAAAUGACUGGGACUACUACUACGACAGCUACUACUCGACGGCGACGCUGGUGGCUGCAGCGCCGCGGCUGGUUCCCCCACCGAAGCGGCCUCGGCUGGUGACCAUCCCCACGUCUAGGAUCCCUCCACCAGCCACCGCCUCCACGAGGGCUCCGACGGCAUCGCAGCUGGAGCAGCUCAAGACCUACAGCAACCACGACAUCCUGAUCUGCGGCAACUGCCGCGAGAUGUUCACCGAUCUCCACGAACUGCUGGACCACAAGAAGACGUACUGCAAGCUGCGCUUCACCUGCAAGUGUCGUCCCCAGACCAACAAGGACGGCGAGUCGUCGGUGGCGAGCUUGCUGUGCGCGCAGUGCAAGGAGUCGUUCGCGAACGCGUGGGAGCUGAUGGUGCACGCCCAGGGCUCGCACGCCUUCAGCAUCUACCAGCUGCCCGACAGCGCGGCCGACGCUCCUGCCGAGGAGGGCCAGCAGCAGCAGCUGCAGCAGGAGAGCAGCUCCCACGCGGGCAAUGCCGCGGUGAAGGAGGAGGAAGAAGAGGAGGAGGAGGGGGGUAGCACUCCAGAGGUGGCUGAAGCGCCCCCUCCCUCACAGGCGGCCUGCAACGGCAUCGGCGGCAGUGGCGACGGCGGCGGCGACGGGACCGCGCAGCUGGCGCCGGAGAAGCAGCGGCCGGCGCGCACGCAUGCGCAGAGCCGCGGUGUGGGCGCGGGCGUUGCCGGAGGAGCGGCCGAGGGCGCCGACCAAGGGCGCCGGCAGGCCCACGCGGAUCUCGUAGAAGUCUCAUGAAGGAUCAGUCAUCACCUGAGGCGUAAUUGGCUGUUUCCUGCGGGCAAAUAUAUGCGUCUCAAACCUUGACAACCACCGAACUACAAAGUGCCAUUACCAAUGGAAUUAUUGUACAUAUCUUGAAUCAUAAAAGUUAUAAAAUGUUCUAUAUAUUCUACUAACUCUAUCAUGUUUUACUGUUAUUACUUAAGUAUGAUUAAAUGUUUAUGCAGGCCAUUGAAA